AUGUCUGCCCAAGCGCUCUCGCAUGAGGACAGCAGCCCAGCUGGUCUCCUCGCGGCCUACGACGCGGCGCACGAUGAACUUGGAAGCCCACCUCAAUCUCGCGUACGCGCGGCGCUCGAGGGUGCGGCGCAGCGCGGGACACCGCUGACUCAUCUCGCGCUGCGCUCGGCCGGCGUCGGAAGCCAGGGCGCGCAGGCCGUUGCCGAGGUGCUCUCGCGCGACACAAACCUGACGCAGGUCAGCCUUGAGGACAACGCGCUGGGCGACGACGGCGCUGCCGCCAUCGCACGUGGCCUCAAUGGCCACCCGUCGGUCUUUCGGCUCAAUAUCGGCUACAACGAGAUCACCGGGCGUGGGCUGCGUGGUGUCGCCGAGCUGGUCGCGGCGGGCGGCCCGCUCCUCUGCCUCGACCUCUCCGGCAACAACUUUUACCAGAACGUGGCUGUCGCGAUGGCCGACGUGGACGCUAAGAGCCUCGCCGCCUUGGUCGACGGCCUCCUCCGCAACACGUCCCUCGUGAACUUGCGACUGGGCGAGAACAACAUCGACGCGCGCUCCGCCAGCCUCAUCGGCAAGCUGCUGCGCGGGAACACGGCCCUCACCUCGCUCGACCUGCGAGAUAACAAGCUCGCGGACGCGGGCGCGGCGACGCUCGCCGCGGCCCUCGCCGCAAACAGCAGCCUCAAGUGCCUCGUCCUGUGGAGCAACGGCAUCGCAGAGCAAGGCGCGCCCUCCCCCGCCGCCCCUCUCUCAUGGCACUGCGCCGCGGCGGUGGCGUCCGUCCUCUCCGAGCAGCCGUCCCUCCGCAUCCUGGACUUGGGCGGGAACGCGGUCGGCGUGGGCGGCGUCGAGGCGCUCAAGGCGGCGCUGCUACGGAACCGCAGCCUGCACACCCUCGGCCUCGCGAACGCCCAGCUCGGGCACGAGGGUGGCAUCGCGCUCGCGGGCGCCAUCGAGGGGAACGCCCACCUGACCCGGCUCGACCUGCGGCGCAACUCGCUGCACGUCGCCGGGCUGAUGGCGCUGCGGCUCGCGAUGAAGACGAACUCGGCGCUGCUCGAGGUUGCCGUCGACACGGCCUUUGUCGGCGAGGCCGCGGAGGACCGCGAGCUCGAGCAGAGCUUCGCCGCCGAGAUCAAGGCGGCGUGCGCCGCAAACAAGGACCGCACGCACAACGAGGCGAGCGCGGUGCCGGGCGAGGCGGCGGCGGCGCUAGGCGGCACCGACCCGAGUCGCCCCGACAGCAGCGGCGGCUCCCGCGCGCUCGACCUGCUCGCUCGCAAGGGGCUGCCUGCUGCAGAGCCCACCGCCGCUGCGGCCGAGUGCCGUGCGCUGGGCCGCGCGAGGCUGCAGGCGCUGGGCUGGAACCUGCUUGCGCGCGGCAUGGCCAGCGAUGGCUUCGAGGUGGAGGACGUGCUGGCGGAGCCGCCCGCGGACGACGAGAGUGCGGCGGUGGCGCGUGCGGCGCGCAACCUCUCCGCCGUCGUCGACCCGCUCGCUCGGUGGGCGAGGGUGCGCGAGGCGGUCGCGGCCUACUCGCCCGACCUGAUCGCCGUGCAGGAGCUCGACUGGCUGCCCGAGGCGAUCGGCGGCCUGGCCGCGCUCGGCUAUGAGUGCGGCGGGAGCGGCGCGCCGCUGCGCGCGCCGCCGUACGCGCCGCCGCACACGCAGCUCAAGCCGACGCCGGCGGACGAGCCGCCGCCGCUCGCCAGCUACCUCGCCGUCCUCGAGGCGUCGGGGCGCGCGUUUGCGCCAAAGGUGCCGUCGGUGUGCCGGCAGCUCAAGGUGGCCGCCGGCGAGGCGAGCGACGCGGCGUGCGACGACGGGAUCUGCCUCUUCUGGAAGAGCGGCGCGUGGGAGGCCGCGGCGCCGGUCGAGUACUGCGGCUCCUCCAACGCCGCCGGCCGCUGCCGCGCCCACUUGCGCGUGCGGCUGCGGCGGAUCGCGGAUGGGGCGCCCCUCACGGCCGUGGUCGCGCACCUUGGCUCGGGCAGCUCUGCCGGCGCUGAGGCCCUCAGGCUGGCCGAGCUCGAGGCUCCGACGACUCUGCUCGCUCCGCACGUGCUUGGCGAGCCGCGGCGCGAGGUGGCUGGCCCGUCGCUGCUUGGCUGCUUGCGCGAGGCGGUCGCCGCGAAUGAGCCGACGCUCCUCUGCCUCGACGCGAACUCGGAGCCCGACCGCGCCGACCGCGCCGCCGGCAGUGUCUGGGCGGCGGUCCGCGGCGUGGAGGGCGUGCGCAGCGUGUGGGAGGAGUGGUUCGACUCGUCUGGGGCGCCGACAGGGGCGGCCGCCGCGCAGCCCGUCAGCACCAACAAGCGGCGCGGCCAGCUCUCUCGCCAGCCGGCAAAGGUUGACGAGCAUGCCUGCCGGCUGAUCGAUCACGUCUUCUACACCGCGCCGACGCUCGCGCUCCCGGAGCACGCCUUUGGCCCGGUCGCCUUUGCCGACGAGGCAGCCGCGCUUGCGGCGCCGCUCCCGUCGCUCGCGGUGCCUUCGGACCACUACCCGGUGGUCGUCGACCUCUUGCUGCAGCCCGCAGCGGAGGUGGGGGCCGAGGCGACGCCGGAGAACGGCGGUCUGGCUUCUGGGGGGGAAGGGGCGGCGGCGGAGGAGGAGGAGGCAGCGGCCGCGGCCGCGACGGCGAGCGCGGAGGCGGCCGAGGCUGCAGGGAUUGAGGCGGCAGCAGCUGCUGCUGUGGCGGCGGCGGCUGCCACUGCCGCGGCGGCGGCGGCGGAGGAGGAGAAAGCCGCCGCCCUGGCGGAGGCGGCGGCAGGGGAGGAGGCGGCGGGCAAGGCGGUGUCUGAGGCGGCGGCGGCGGUUGAGCAAGCGCGCGCCGCCGAGGCGACUCGAAUCGAGACGGAGAAGGCGGCGGAGGAGGAGGCGGAGCGGUUGGCUGCCGAGGCGGCAGCGGCCGAGGCGGCGCAGGCUGCCGCAGCCUUCUCCGCCGCAGCGGCAGCAGAGAAGGCGGCGGCAGCAGAGAAGGCGGCAGCAGCGGAGGCCGCGGCGGCAGCUGAGGCGGCAGCGGAGGCGGCGGAGGCGGAGGCGGCGGCAACGAGGGUUCGCCUCGAGGAGGAGGCUGCGGCGGAGGCUGCACGUGCCGCGGAGGCGGCUCGGGCCGAGGCGGAGAAGGCAGCGGAGGCGGAGGCGGAGCGGCUAGCGGCGGAGGCCAGCCAACGGGAGGCGGAGGAAGUGGCGGCGGCUGCCGCGGCCGCCGUUGCGGAUUGGACGGCGAAUGGCGAUUCGGCCGUGACUGCGGUCGACGGGUCGGACGAUUUUGCGGCGCUGUUGUUCGCGCCCGCGGCGGCCGCGUCUGCGUUCGAAGAGGCGCCACCUAUGGGAGCCGAGACCGAGAAGGUCAAGCCUCUGGAUCCAGACGCUUUGGAUGCAUUCUUUUGAGGUGUGUCCGAAGUGGGUGCUACUGACCUAGUGUGCGCCAGUCCACGCCCUUGUAGUGCCAGUGUGCUGUGAGAGAGGCUUGUAUUCGAAAAGAGCUCUUCUU